CUCUUCUCGAUGCGCCGUGCAGCCCCCGGCGCGCUUUGGAGAUACGGGGAGCUGGUGAGGGUGCCCCAGAGCAGCGGAGCCUGGUAAGACUUUAGAAUCAAUCUGAAAGCCAUCCCCAGUCGUAUAUCUAGGGCGCGGGACUGGCUUGCUCGGCGAGGGGAGAAAGUUGCUUCCCGCCUCCGUCUCCGCCGUGCGCUCCGCAGCCGCGCACUGAGCUGAGCGUGCGGCCGCCGCGGGGAUGGGACCGCGCCGCUCCCAGCGCACAGCCCGGCUCUCCUGCGGGAUGGCUGCAGAGGGUUGCAGCUGAAUUUGGUGAUCGGAUGUAUUUGGAAGGGAAAAAGAAUAAAGAAAAAAAAAAAAGUGAGUCAGGAAAUUCUUAUCAGGCUGACAGCAUUUUUAGACUAUGCAGUGCGUGGGUGAAGUGGGACUAAUAUUGACUUGGCCCUAAUGUAGUCAUCUGAGAAUACAUUUUUUGGUUGUUGCUGCAUUCCAUAAGGUUUUAUCAUUAUUAUCCAUGAAGAUUGUUUUCUCCGUACAUGGGAAGUGACCCCUAAUAUCAACUUGCCUGGGAGACAAAAAUAUGGGCUAAACCAUUAAAAUUCCAAUCGCUUGUUAUUGUUUUUUCUUUAUCGUUGAGAGGAAGAAUUUUUUGCAGAAUGGCACUGAAGCGGAUUUUGCCAGGUUGCUCACGUUAUUCUCUGUAAACAUGGGCUCUGGAAAGCUUACAAGUUUAGUCUGUUGCAGCGUGCCUGUGCUAUUAUUUCUUCUCUAACCUAAGUCACAGCUUGCAGAACCCUCACCUAGUUCAGUGGUUUUUAGCUGUGAACUUUGAGUGUCUGGAGCUCCUGUUAGUAGCCUGCUCGACUUGGAGGGAAAAUAAAUAACCUCAAAUGAUUAGGCUCCUUGAUUAAGACACCUAGAAGUAGAAAAGUGUGAUUGGAACUUCGAGCCUGGGUGGACUUUUUGGCACUUGGCUCUGCAGGCGCUUGGCUGUGUUUCUCUUCCAGUUUUUGCAGCACCUCAUACGCGAAAAUCUCUUGAGCACCCAUUAGCAGCUGUGUCGCACUCCCAUGCAGUUGCUCUUUAUUUUUAAACAGAAUCAAGAAGUUUCUGAUUCUGUAAGCAAGCUGUAAGCAGCACCACAUCAGAAACGUCCCAGAAGCACCCUAAUGAAAGCCAAAGUUUCUUGAAAUUUCAUUUUAAAUAAACUGAGUUCCUGUGGCUUGUGCUAUUUACGAAAUGUGAAGGUAGAUAUGCAAGGCAAGAAACACAGCUCUGUUGAGCCAAUGCAGCUUAUGAGCCAUGGCCAGUACAAUCUAUCCGAUUUCCACCAAAGAGCAGUCUAGAACUCGCUAACUCGCUAUCCCACGCAUUAUUGACAGUUUGUAUUAGUUAAUCCUGCUUGUGCCAAUUUUGCUGGAACAUUUGGAGCUGGAGGAUCUUCACAAACCGGUCAAGUGUCAGGCUGGAAAACCAAGCUGUUAGUACCGAACUGAGCACUGUGCCCUCUGCCUCCAGCAGCCACAGUCUGUAGGGUUGUUCAUGGGUUUUCUCUUAAUCCAGUGCUUUUUAAAAACUAAGAAGUAGUAAAGACGGGAUGGACUCCCCAUCUCUCUGCAGUCUUGGUUGAAUGAUUGCUUGGGUAAUGCAUUACAUUCUGUGAGUCUCUGUUUCUUCCAAAUUGUCCUGUCAAGAACGUUUAAUCAAGUGGUAAAGAGCUUAAGAAAGAGGGAAGAAGAGUCUGUUGCCAGUUUUUUUUUUUCUCCUUCCACAUGUGUUCAACAUGUAAGACACUCCUGUGUUCUUCGUAGGGAUGAUGACCGUUUUAAAGAAUGUUCUUCUUUGCUGGAAUCAAAACUGUGGUUUAAAAAUAACAAUGAGGGAAGAUGUAUUAGGGGGGCAUCUUUAAAAAUAAAUCCCUGCACUGGAGCUGACAGAGCAGAGCUCACCCUUAAAAUAUACAAGGACUCCAUUGGGGCAUUUUCCAGUGCCCUCAUACUACUCUGUUUUCUUUCAAUAGACAAUGAAGGAAUCUGUGUCCCUUGACUCUCCUGUUAAUUUCAGUGAGCUGGAGGUGUGUUGCUCUAAUUAAAGCUCAUGCAUUUUAAUAGGUCCUUGUAAUGCAUCUGUCGCAAACACAGUGGGUGAUGCCAGCUUUCCAUGUCGCUUUUGUAUCCCUUGAAGAUCAAAGCAAGCUCCUUAGCAGUGGAAUUGUCAUUGCAGAUAGACAGGUUUGAGCUCUCCUCCACCUCCUUCUCUUUCUGUAGGUUGCACACUGCGCAUGUGGGUAUGGAGAAAUGUCUCUGGCAAGCAGCUGACAGUGUCAUUGCUCUGUACUGAGCAGGGUUCGAACCGUCACCUCCUUUUUGUAUGUAGCAGAUCUUGGGUUGCUCUAAACGAUGGAUCUAUAUGCACCCAGAUUGUGUUUUACUUUGUUUUUCUCUUUAGAGGAUGCUCCAUCACACCUUCUUAAAAGAUACUCCACUCCAAAGGUACUCCAACAUUUCUCUGCUGUAGUUGUCACUCUACCGAAUCAGCGCAGAUCUGAUUUUGCAUUGCACAGAGAUGUGGAGUAUGUGUAUCAUCCACUUUAUCCAUUUUGCAGCCGAGAAAGGACAUGCUAGCAACUUAAUUUAGAUGAGACUUUUUCUUUUAAAAUGCUCAGUGGACUGAAGCCUGAAUUCCUAUUGAAUGUUAAUGGGAGUGAAGGCUUAGCACCUGAAAUCAAUGAGACUGCUGAAGUCCAGGAUGUCUGCUGGAGAGAAAUGAGAGUAUGUAUAUGUAGGUGCUUAUGUGGUACAACAAGGAACUAAUGAAAACGGGCCAUGACCCUAUUCCUACAGAUAAAAUGGGGUUUCUAUGUACCUUCGAUAAAAUACAGAGUGCAUGUGUGAUGGUGUUACAAUAAGAACACAUCCUUGUGUGUAGUACAGAGCCAUGCUUGCCAGAAUGUAAAGCUCUUUGGCAUGGUGAAAUUAAAACUCCUCUCACAGUUCUGAAACUGCAGUAGUAAGCCUUGGAUUGCUUAUAUCUUGGGUGAGGAAUGGGUGUAACAGAGCUGCUCAUUCGAAGAGACUGGAAACACCUAAUUGGCGAAGAAUUCUGAUUUAUUGGUGCACAAGGAACGCAGUGACAGCUUGCCAUGUCCUGUCGUCUAGGGACAGUGAGCUGCAGAGCUCAGGCUAAGGUAGGAUUCACCCUGGCUCACUCAUAGUUGAGCUUAAGACCUUUUAAAUGGGAAGUUACAGUAAAUGGUAGUUUUGGAACAUCUCCAUGGUAUGUGACUGUGGAGAGCUAAGCCAAACAGUAUCCUUGCUACAUCAGUCUUGCAUAAAGAGCGGUGAUAUGCUCAAGACAGACUUUCUUCUGGCAUUGUUGUAGACAGACUUUUUCCAGAUAAGGUCUUGUCUCCGUUUGCAAAUUAGGUCACUAACUCAACUCUUCCUUCCAGACUAACAAUGCUGCAGACAAGGACAAGUCAUGCUUGGUGUUGUGUCAGCUGGCUGUAGCUAAACCCUUGCUUGCACAAUGUAACUCAGUUUUCUGGAAAAAGUUCUUAGCAUCACGUGUUUGCAGCUUGGAGGAUUGACUUAUAACACUGAUGCUGGGUGUGCGUGGCAGUCCACAGCACCUGAUACAGCAAAUAGCAGGGCGGAGGGUAGCUUCGUGUUUUGUUUUUAUAGCUCAGCUCCUUCCUCAAGACUUGCUCUGAAGUUUGAUGAGUGCCCUGCUACUGACUUCACUACAGAAUGAAGGGCUUCAAAGGCUGCUUUCAGAAUUACACGUAGUAAAGCUGGGAUUAAGUCCUCUGGGGGGUAGGAAGAGGUUGUUUUUUUUUUUUUUUUCAGGGAAGAAGUUUGUUGUUCUUGUUGUUUUAACCUCAUGAGAGAGAACCUGCUAGCAUCAACAAUUUGGCUUUCUGUACUGAUUAUUCUGAUCUGGACCAAACUCCAUUUGGUCUUCCUAUAAAUACAUACAAAUGGAACUCUAGGGUUUAAUGCACAGUUCUGUUCAGAGGUACCCCAAAAGAUGUAUAAAUUCAGACUUCUUCCACCGCUUCCCUCUAUCAGCUGAAUAUUGUGAGGCCUUCAGGCUCUGCUGUUGCAAAUCCCAUCUCUCACCUGGAAGAAAAGAGUGUGGCUUUGCUAUCUGCUUGCUCGUUUGCAAGGGCAAUAGUUAGCAUUUCCUAUUUUCAAGGCAUGCAUCAAAUGCUGCUUUCAGGCUUAGCAUUCCAAUCCAUGAUUACUUGAAACUGUCUUCUUGAAUACUUUCUGUGUUAUCAAUAAGAGCUCCACAAAUGGAGGACUGUCUGUGAUUUGCCUAGGGUUUGUUACUGAAAUUCCUUCUCAGAAGCUCAUGUCGAAUGACAGCCUUUUUCUCAGGAUAGGGUCAUAUAGUAUUUCCUCGGUGUAGUGGUUCUUUAUUUUUGGUUCCUGUUCUUUCUAUCAUAAUGGAAAAUCUGUAACAGGUGGCCACAGGCACACCAGACUUUCAUGCUUGGGAGCAUAAAGGACCAUAUGCUGCACGAUGGCAUGUAUGGAGAGAAUAAGUUGUAGGAACAGGCAACCAGCUUAUACAUAAUAUAAGAGCCAGUCAGAAUUUUUUGAUUCAAACUCAGCUUAACUAAAACUUUUUCCAGUCUCAACCGUGCUUGGUAGUUUUUAGAGCAUGCUGCCCACUGGCUGCUUUCAGCUGGAAGUGAAUUUUUUUUUUCAGUUUAUGAAAAGGAAUGUUCUGACAUUUUUACCAGACACCCCGGCUGAGAUCCGGGACCCUUGAAGUUAACUGGACUUUUGCCAUUGGCUUUCAUGUGGCCGGGGCUUCACUGCGUGAGAGCAGUUUCCCCUGGUUCUGCGUAGGGUAUGUUAGAAAAUAAGGGGAAUCAGCAAGACAGAGAUUUUGUGGGAGAUUUUGAUCCACAUGCUUUCCUAAUGUAAAAGAUCCAAGCGGUUCGUUCUUCUUCUAAAGGCUGCGUGAUGCUCAUAUGGCAUAAACCUUCUCCAUUAUUUCCAUAUUGCUGAUUAGCUGUGGACCUUUAGCUCCUGUUUGUUAGACCACUUGCAGUAAGAACUUGAAUUCUCUCUGGAAUAAGUCUGUUUGUGAAUGUACAAAACAUGAAAAAUAAUAUUGGUUUAAGCUGAAUGCAGCCCACGCUGUACAGUAUCAUUUACUCGCAGAUCGGACCAUUCAUCUCUCAGCCACAAACUCAUGUCUGUUAUUGAAUGUGGUAUCAGAUGCCACAGACACUGAAUUUCCCAUUUCUCUACCUAUUUUCCAGAAUGCUAAGCUGACUUUAAAUUCUAUACUCCAUGUCUUGGCCAAAUUGAGAUUUUCUGUUUGUUAUGUUUUCUUUUUCAGAGGCUGCUUGAUCUCAGUCUCUGGCCUUUAAGGAAGAAGGAGAUAUAAUUUAUAAAUAUAUAAAAAUAUUACAGAUAGGAACGUAGGCAAGGCAGAUGCAGUGUUUGGUCAGCACAUACAUUUUAUAGAGACCUUACAGGUACUGUUGACUGCUUAAAUAUAUGCCAGAACUCUUUGUAUGAAAGAAAUAUAAGGGAAACCAGGCUAGCCCAGCUUGGUUAUUAGAAACCUAACAUGCAGUCUUUGGCUUUUUUCUCCUUUGGUUUAAUUUUUUUUCUCUCAUCUGAGUGGUACAAAUUCAUUUAGUUGAUGGUCUUACCUACUUUUCCACUCAUUCAAAUGCAGCUGGGGAUGCAAAGAAAAGAUUACUGUUAUGGUCAGAAAAAGUGACUCAGAAUUUACGUAUACACAGAGAUGUAAUUAUAAGGGAGUCAGGGAGAGAAAAAACUUUUAUUUUUAUUAAAGGAUGUACAGUGUAAAAGGUAUAUAUCUGCUGCAUACAAGGAAAAUCUGCUGUAUCUCUCUGUAGUUUCUUAUUUAAAGGACUCUGCAAUUACAAGCAAACAAACAAACAAACAAAAAAUAAGAAUAAAUAAAAAUAAAAAUAAAAAAUAAAAAAAAAUAAAUAUAUUCCUGAUAAUUUUUACCCGAAAUACAAACUAAGUAGAUCUGUAUCUGAUCACAGGGUUGAUUCGGUAUUGAAGCAUCUUUUAAUUAGGAGAUCUCUCCACAAAAUGUAACUUUUCACUGUAAACGUCUUAGGUCUGUACACAGCCCUUUGUAGUUGUCCGUCAGUACUGCUAUCUUUUUUUUACAUUAAAAAUAGAGGACUCAGAUUCAGUGUUUUCAAAAACAGCAAGUACUUGGAAUGUCUUGUAAUGACUACCCAUGGACUGGAGGGGAGGGAAGAGAGUUGAAAUGGAAAAUAGAUUCUUAGGCUGUAGAAAGAGGAACAUUCCUGCACAGAGAAGCGGCUCUGGAGAUAAGUUUUAAUUUCCUGAGCUCCAGUCUCUAUAUGGGAACACUGAAAGACUUCCUUCCUGAUAACUAAGUCAAGCCAGGGGCUAUAUUAAAUGAUGUGUUUCUGUAUAUAAUUGUGUGCUUGUGUAUGUAUUUGUGUACUUGCAGUAUAGAUACAAAUAGUGUACCUAUAAUGGUAGAAACCAACUUUAAAAGUAUGUUACAUGUAUUCAGAGUCUAGCAGACAUACUGUAUCUGAGAUGUUAUAAUAUAUCAGUAUCUAUUUAGAUAUUCCCAAACACUUCUUAAGAGGAUCUGAGUUGUAGUGAACCUUUAAACAUUUUCAAGCCACCGAGAUAGGUGUGUUAUAGAUUUCUAAUGCAUUCUUCUCCUGUACAUAUGAUACUGUAAUAACUGUUUCUGUCUUGCUGAGGUCUCAUCCUUUGUGAUUACUUAGACAAAACCAUAAAGGUCACUGUGAGUGAUAUGUGAGCGAUUCAGGAGCAAAUGUUACACUUGUAAUUUGGUUGGUUAGGAGAUACACAAAACACCAAGAAAAGUACAGGUCACUUCAAAUUCUACAUUUAUAAAAGUGAAUCUAAUAGCUUCAGGCUAUCUUUCAUUCUAGCAAUUAGUUUCUAGUAAAACUUUAUUAUUUUGUUCUUUUUUUUUUAGUUGCUGUUUAUUUGUUUUGUUUGUUUUUUAACAUCUUGUGAUAAAGGUGUAUGUCCUUAUCUAAGCAGAGCCACAGUACUACUUAUUUGUGAGGCAGAGAGUUAUUUGAAUUUCAGGCCCUUUGCCUAGAUCUCCCAGACUGUAAAAAAAAUAAAAGUAAUAAAAAAAAAUUGGUUACGUCCCUCAGUGCAGUUUGCAAAACAGCUUUAGAAUUAACGUAUAGUGUAUUACUGUUGCAUGUGUUCCAGUUAAUCUACCAUAAUGUCAGAUACAUCGCUUAAUUGCUGUGAGCCUGUAGUAUUGUAGGGUUUAGUUCCACUUGCAAGUAGAUCUUUCUUACAAUUAAUUGGUUUUAAUAACCACUUGGUUAUUAAAGUACUAAUAAGAAUUAUCUCCCGAAUUUCUAAUUUGUGUUACAAAGGGAUAAUUUUGAUCAGCUUAUGUGAUUUUAGGAAGCACUGAAUGUACGUACGUUGAUAGUAUACAAGACUGGAGAAUGACUUACAAUUAUUUCUAGGUCUGACAAACGUAUUUAUUGUAUAACUGAAACUUUAUAGACUGCGUAGUUGUUUAACUUGCUCUAUAGAACAACUCUGGAAAAAGAGAAAAAAGCCAUAAAGUUAAAGGGAUUCUGAUGGCACUAAACUGUUGCCAAGCAAACCAUAAAAGAUAAGUUAAACUGUAAGACUAUAGAAAAGCAAUGAAAUACUUCUGCAUAUGUGCCGUAGUUGUUUUUGGGUUCCUGAAGCUGCUUGUGUGUAAAGUCAGCUGUGGAAAUGGCUAGCUGGCUAAAAGCUAUGAUUCCUGCAGCACAACUGUUGUGGGGAGUUUUUUUUCUGUGAAAACAGUUGUAAAGUGGAACAUCUGAAAAAUAUGUUCCAUGCAAAAUGGAUCUUCACACACAUUUAUUUUGACAUUUAGGUUUGAUUUGAGAGAAAGAGAGAGGAUUCUGAAAUAGCUGUUCACAGAUGGCUUGCGCUAGCUUGAUUUUUUUAAAAUGCUUCUCCAUGUUUUUAGUUUGGAGGGAUUUUUUUUUUUUCAUGUGUUUGCAGACUUGUCAAUCCCCCUCUUCCUUCAGAUCAUAUGUUUAAAUUUUUUAUUGCUUGAAUUUUUCUCCUUUCCUCCAGAAACUUGUGUUAAAACAAGCAAACUGAAAAAGAAAUCUCCAACCAAAAAUUCUCAACACCUGAAAAGGUACUUUCUCAUGAUGAAAACCAACGAGCCAAAAAACCCACACACUUUCCUGGCCUUAAGUAACAAUUUUUGUGUUUCGUGGACUUCUGAUAUGCAGAGGAAGACUUUUAAUGGAUCAUGAAGUUCACCCACUGUUCCUGUCUUCUCACCCAGGAGAGUGCAGCUGGCAAAGCUGGGUGGAUAUUCAGGUAGAAGGGUGAAACAUAGAGGUUGUGUAAGUGGCCACCCGUUCGCAGGGCUGGAGACAACCUCUGCAGCCCUUUCUGAUGAAAAUAUCCUUUCCAGGUGGGAGACAGCAGUGAAUUGUUAGAGUCUGCCUGUUUUCUUUUGAAGGUAUUGCGUGAAAGCCAUUGCUGUUAAAUUGCUUGUGGCUGUGAAAUGUGUCUGAGGAGCAGGUCCAUCUGUGUGUGAGGAAUUAAGAUUCUAAAAGAAAUUAGCUGCAUACAACAAGAUGCAGGAGUCUCUGGAAGUGACACUUCCCAGCAAGCAAGAAGAGGAUGAGAAGGAUCAGCCAGCUGAGAUGGAGUACCUGAACUCUCGCUGCGUCCUUUUCACCUACUUCCAGGGAGAUAUUGGUUCAGUAGUGGAUGAACACUUCUCAAGAGCCUUGAGCCAAGCCAGUAGCUUCAAUCCAGAAACUGCCCUUACCAAGAGCAAGGCAGGGCUAAGUCCUUUGUGGAGAGAAAACUCGACAAUAUCAAGCCAAAGGAGCAGUUUCCCAACUUCAUUUUGGACCAGCUCUUAUCAGCCUCCCCCACCACCAUGCUUAAGUGGAGUACACCCCGAUUUCCCCAUUACUGCACCAGGCACCUUCCCAACACCAGAUCCCAGCAGCUGGCCAGGACACAGCCUUCAUCAGACUCCCCCACCUCCUCCCCCUACUGCAACUGAAUCUUGGCAUUAUCCUUUAGCAUCUCAGGUGAGCCCUUCGUAUGCACACAUGCAUGACGUGUACAUGCAUCGCCAUCACCCUCAUCCACACAUGCACCAUCACCAUCCCAGCUCGCACCGUGACCCCCGCUACGGGUCUCUGCUGAUGCCUUCAGUACGCACAGCCAGGAUUCCUGCUCCCCAGUGUGACGUGACUAAGACAGAUCCUUCUGCUGUCACCAGCGCUACCUCAGCAUGGGCUGGAGCCUUUCAUGGAACAGUGGACAUUGUGCCAAGUUUUGGGUUCGAUGCAGGUGCAGGACCUGACCAUCCCCAUGUCAUGGAAGACGAGCCAAUGGGCAAGGAGGCUGGGCUGACUGAACAGAGACCUUUGGCUGGAUCUCAAGAACAAAAGGAAAGUUUAUGGUCUCUGGAAGAGUGGGCAAGCUACUUAUGAGGAUUAGAGGUAUGU